UCCUGGCAGAGGAGCUAUCUAGGCAAGAUGCUGGGCCGUUACAGGAAGCUUACCUUUGGGACACUAUGCAAUAAAGAGCGUUCCGGGGGCUGUGUGCUGAUAGGGCGUACGGCUGUUUAUCGCCGCCUCAUGGAUCCUCCCACGGAAUGCAGCGAUCCGGCAGUUUCUCAUAAUGCCCAAUUAGCAAGUAACCAUGGAGGAAGUAGAGAAUAUACUGUCAAACGUAACUGCUUUGAAAAAUCAAUGUCAGAAGAUUCAGGUGUGGAGAUACCACCUCCUUCCCCAUUUGGGUCUGAGAGCAGCUAUAACCCAGAUGAGCCAGAAGGUCUAGAAAGCUCCACCCCUGAGUAUUCUGAGACUCCAGAAAGCUCCGCCUCUGAGGAUCCUGACAGCUUGCAAAGCUCUGGCUAUGGAAAACAAGAUUCCUUUUCACAUUCUGGAGAGACACACACACUGGAGCAUUCUGCUUUUAAGAGUCCCAGAAGUUUUACAAUGCAUCCCCAGAAAGAUAUUGACAGACUGGAAUAUGUUCGCUCCCAGCAGCAGGAAAGAGACACAUCAGGUGUGCCCCAUAAGCUGGAACAGGCAGUCCUCAGGAGCAGACGGCCGCGGAGCAAUAGCAGAGAUUCCAUCCAGAGCAGGAUAGCACGACAUAACAGGAAAUAUCCGGGAUCAUUGAAGGAACAAUGUAGAGGGAAAACCUGUUCUCAUCAAGCGAGGAGCCCAACUCGUCCCAGAGAAGAAAAUAAGGAUCAGGACCCCCUGCCACUCCCGGGUGAUGGACUCCGGUACCUGGAGAGUCUAUGUGACAUGUUAGAGCAAAUUGCGGAACUACAGCAAAGGAACCUGAAGCUUCAGCAUGAAAAGAGGGAGACAGAGGAGAGGCUGCGCAACCGAGUGCUACUCUUAGAUUCAUGUGUGUGCGGUGGCUCUCAGGCCUGCAGGGAUUCAGACAAUGACCUGACCGAUAACUCCCCUCCCAUUGGUGGAACCUGGGCAGCCCAGCAUUACAGGAAGAGAUCGACCUCCCAUGCAGGAAUGUUACUUGGCUUGAACAGACCCACAGGUGGAACUCUAAGAGAAGCCGACAAAAUGGAACCUCAGUAUGUGAGCGUCCCAAACCUGCAGGUGGGAGACAGACCAGGAGCAAUGCCACACUACAAGACAGAAGUGUCGCAGUGGUAUAAAGUGAAGGACAUGCUCUCUAAGCUGGCCGGUAAAAGUGCAGUACCAUCAGCGGUGCAGGGGGGCACUCACACUGCACAGCCGCACUACAACUGCAGGACUCAGCACCCAAGAAGACUGUUCCUGCCAGGACUGGUGAUUAGACCACGAAACCACAGUCAGCAGUUCCGGUGAGAGGCGGUUUCCUAAGGAAAUAGAUUGAUAGAGGACUGCACUGUACAAAACGGAUUUACCUCCAGCUGCACAAGCCUGGGAUAAACGCACCAGUAUCUGGGAAGAUUAACAAUGGCACUAAGUAUCACUGCCAGGGAAUAUUCCUCCCUUCUACAGCCACGCCCUGCAAUGAGAGACUAGCAGCAAUGCCCUGCACUGAGAGACUAGCAGCAAUGACCUGCACUGAGACACUAGCAGCAAUGCCCUGCAGUCAGGGACUUAGUGACCGCUGCAUCUCUCUAAUCAGGGGACAGACACUUUAUCACAAUAUACGGACAUUACCAUUUGUAUCACUAUGCAGAGCUGCUCGAUAUAUACGUAUCGAUAUGUAUGUACAGAACUACAUUUGUAUAUAUGUGGUUAAAUUAUAAAUAUAAUUUGAAUUAAAAUAUUAAUAUUUUA